AUGACCAAGCAGAAGCUACAUGCCCCUCAGAAUCUGGUUCUCACUGCACCUGGCCAUGGACGGUUUUUCUGCCCAACUCCAGUCCCAGCCACUAGUGUGACUAGCCAGGACAACAUUGUUCCCUCAACUCUCACACUGCCCACCUCACAAGCCCCAUCACCAUGGGAGCCAGGCCAGCCAAUCAGAGCACUCUGUUUUGAAAAGAAGCCUUAUAAAUUGAGCAUCCUUUCCCUAGACAAGCACACCCAAUGUCCAGAGGUCUCCCAGGGCACUUUCCUUCUGGAUAAGCCACUUCAGUUGCCCCCCACUUUCCACCAGGAUAGAGAGAAGACUUGUGCCUGGAAUGCUCAGGGCCAAGAUGCAAGCCUACAGUCACCCUGCUUAGAGAACCAGUCACCCCUGCAGCCACACCAUGACACCAGAGCGAUUCAAGAGCCCCUGCAAGUUUCCAGCAGUAACCGGGAAAAUGCCCGGAGCAGUGAGAGCAGUGUGAGGAGCACUCAACACUGCAGCCUGGAGAAGAGCAGUGACAUCAGCCAGCUGAGCAGUGGGUACGCAGGGGAUGAGGAGAACAGUGAGGUCAGCCUUGUAGGCAGCAGUCGAAUCGUGAGGUUAAAAAGAAGACUCAGAACCCAAGUGGGCAACACCCCAACCGGCCAGCUGUGCACUACCUACUGUCCUAACCAGGUGAAGAGCCAAGCGGCCAGCCAGGCCAACAGCACCCAGCAGACUGGAGGGGAAAAGUGA